AUGGCGAAGACUCGCCGGCCAGCGCGCCAUCGCCCUGCUCGCCAUCAGGCACAGCUGCGAUGCCAUCGUCCGCCAGCGCGUUCUUCGCGCCGACCACCGCCACAGCCUUUGCGCCGUCCAACCAUCCCUUUUGCUAGUACCGAGCGGAUCCUGCUUGUGAGUGAUGGUGACCUCUCCUUCGCCUGCUCUCUACUUCAACACCAUGGAUGCACGCGCCUUAUGGUCACCGUCUUUGAAAAUGAGGACGAGCUAGCUAUUAAGUACCCGGAAACGGCACCGGCCAACGUACAGGCUCUCACUACCGCCGCUGUACCGCUACGCUUCGGCCUUGACAUAACUCAGGCCAAGCCGUGGUCGUGGGCUUGUGAAGGCCCGCACCGCCUUGGCACCAUGGAUCGAAUAAUCUGCAACUUUCCCCAUGUCGGCGGCAAAACAACCGAUGUCAAUCGCCAGGUUCGGUAUAAUCAAGAGCUUCUCGUUGCCUUAUUUGCCCGCGCUUUGCCCUGCUUAGCCCCAACACAUGGCGCCUCUAUUAUUGUCACACUCUUCGACGGAGAGCCCUAUACCCUCUGGAAUAUUCGCGAUCUUGCCCGUCACUCAGGCCUUGAGGUUGCGCGAAGUUUCCCUUUCAAUGCUAGCGAAUAUCCCGGUUAUCAGCACGUCCGAACUCUUGGGAUCGUCAAAGGCAGAAAUGGCGAGAUAGGCGGCGGAUGGAAGGGAGAAGAAAGACCUGCGCGGAGUUAUGAGUUCGUAAGAAAUGGCGAGGGACCCGCAAGGGCUGCUAGCAUGAAGAAGAAGAAGAAGAAGAAAGAGGAGGAGGAGGAUAGCAGCAGUGAAUUGGAAAAUUAA